CGGUCGCGUUGUCAGCUUCUGUCCUGUUCACAAAUCAAACGAUUUUUUGUAGAUUUUAUGAAAAUGGAAGAUUUUUGCCGUACCUGUGGCAAAACGGUGAACGCAGAAAGUUGCAUCAACAUCUUUUCACCCAUGGGUCGUCGUCUUUUGCACUGCGUGCGCACCAUAACAAACUGUUGGUUGGAAAAUGUGGCCGGGUUUCCUAUCUAUAUGUGCGAGGACUGCCAAACGCUGGUAAAGAAGGUUAACUCCUUUCGCAAACGCUGCUCAAAAAUUGAAGCCUUUCUCGUUAAACGUAAGGCCAAAUUGAGCACAAACAAUAUUUCGCCUGCAACGUCCGACCAAGCCAAGAUUUCUGACCCACUUCGUAUUGAGGAACCAGUCGAUAUAAAGCUGGAGCCAACGUCCGCACAGCAACAACAGAUCGACGACGAUGUUGAUUAUCAGCUGCAGGAAGACUUUGAGGAGACGAGCGAAAGUUAUUAUGGGGAUCAGCCUGAUUCCGAUGGCUAUGCGGAUAUAUCUUUUGAUGAGGAUAUUGAGGAGCCGCCCAGUGAUGCAUCGCCUCAUGCUGCCACCCAAGCCGAACCCGAAUUACAUCCAAAAAGUCCAGCGCACAUUGAUCCACAUAGAAAAUCUAAAAUGGGCUCCCGCAAGUAUACAAUGCGUGUGGGAAAGAGAACCAUGUACAUUAAACUGACCAACGAUAAACAACCGAAACGCAUUGUGGAUCGCGAACGACAAUGGGCAUCGGCGCGACCCUGCAUCUGUGAGCACUGUGGUCGCCAAUUCAAAGAUGGCAGCAAUCUCAAUGUGCAUCUGUUGCGGCACACCGGCACCAAGAACUACGAGUGUCCGGAAUGCAACGAAAAGUGCUACACAUUGCAUCUGCUGCGGCGCCAUCAGCUGAAACACACUGAAGGUCCCUACGAGUGCACCUUCUGCGGACUACAAUACAGUACAAACAGCUCGCGAGUGCGCCACGAACGCGAGGCUUGCAAAAAAGGUCGAGCGCCGCAGUCAAAAACGGAGCUCAUCAAACGAGGUGAACGCACAUUUCACUGUGACGUCUGUGAUCUAUGGUUUCUGCGUGCCGGCAACCUAACCCAGCAUAUAAAUUCAUCAAAUCAUAUUGCUAACGCGCGCAUUAAAAACAAAAAGUCACAACUACAACAAAAGAAAUCGCUAAAUAUGAAUGCUAUAUCUUGAAUUAGGCAAAACUAAUUAGUCAAUUUGAGUAUUUUUUUA